CUUUCAGCUGAUGAUAAAGGGUCAAAGGACUCUGACAGUUAUUUUUGGAGGAGGCGUCACCGUGAUGAUGAGGAGGAGGAGAUGAAGAGUAUUUAAACCAUCUAGGAGAGUUAUCCGUUGCUUUAGAAGGGAGGUGCACACGACUGGACUCGAGCCCUGUGUUCUGAAGAGGAAACCACGAGUCCACGUGGAUCUGUACGAUGCCGACUUGGGGAGGAGGAUCCAGGUGUUCAGCCUGCGAGAAGACGGUGUACCACGCAGAGGAGGUCCAGUGUAACGGACGCAGUUUCCACAAGACCUGUUUCAUCUGCAUGAGCUGCAGGAAAGGGCUCGACAGCACUACGGUUGCAGCACACGAGUCUGAGAUUUACUGCAAGUCAUGCUAUGGCAAGAAAUAUGGGCCAAAAGGCUAUGGAUAUGGACAAGGAGCGGGAGCUCUGAGUUCUGAUCCUCCUGGACAGGAUGCAGACCCACAGUCUCAUGAGUCUAAACCUCGAUCGGCCUCUUCAAACCCCAACAAGUUCUCCCAGAAGUUUGGAGGCUCGGACCGCUGCCCUCGCUGCUCCAAGGCUGUCUACGCAGCAGAGAAGGUGAUGGGAGCAGGAAAGGCCUGGCACAAGACCUGUUUCCGCUGUGCGCUGUGUGGUAAAAGCCUGGAGUCGACCACGGUGACGGACAAGGACGGGGAGCUUUACUGUAAAGUUUGCUACGCCAAACACUUUGGUCCGAAAGGAUUUGGGCUGGGGAACGCAGCCAUGUUGGAGGAACGGGAGUGAGGACGUCUGACUCAAACCCAUUAAUGGGAGCCGAGACUUCACCUUUGAACCCGGAGGAUGUCAGUUACUUUAAAUCUUGUUUUAAAACGACCACAUGGGGAAAAAAAAAACACAGAAUAAAAUCCAUUUGUUACAACAAAAA